AUGCCCACCAUUGGCUUCAACGUCGAGACCAUCACCCGGAAGCUCGAGAGCUUGACCGUUUGGGACCUGGGCCUGCGCAGCAAGAUGCGCCCCCUGGUGAGGCAUUACUGUGAUUCCACCGAUGCCUUUAUCUUCAUGGUGGACGCGACAGACCGGGAGUUCUUUUGGGACGCGGAGGAGCUCUUCGAGUAUACCCGCCGCGGGCUUCAGGAACACGACCGCGACACCGUGCCCUGCCUGGUGUUUGCCAACAAGUCAGACCACCCCGGUGCCAUGUCUUUACAGGAGAUCAGUGACAGGCUGAGUCUCCCAGAAGCCGCGAAGACUUGCCCCGUGCACGUCCAGCCCUGUGACGCCAAGACCGGGGAGGGCGUGGAGGCGGGCUUGGACUUCCUGGCGCGGGCCAAAGGCGUGGGCCUCUGGUUUGGCGCCCCGAGCCCCACAGAUUCUCCAGCUCCACCGGAGCCUCUCUCGACGGUGGAAGGCGCCUCCUUGGCAGAUGAAAACUUCCUGCGGGCCCUGGAGCCCGGCGCGCGGCCGAGGCUCAAAUCCAUGGGCCCAGAGGAGAUCAUGCGCCUGGUGCUGCUGUCGGGAGAGGACACGCUGGAGACGCUGGCGGCGGUACGCAGCGGAUACGACGUGCACGCGACGCGGAUGCACUUCUGGGCCACUCGUGCGCAGGCCGCGCGGGCCAAGUGGAGGGCGCUGAAGGUGUCGCAGGACUCGCGCCGCUUCCUGGAGGCGCUGCUGCCAGCCACGGAGGAGGAAAGGGAGGCGCUGCUGCGGGCGGUCUAUAGCGACAAGAUCGACGACCCCACCUGGGCCAUUUCUGUGAUGCCCCCCGACCGGAGGACGCCGGAGGCGGAUGAGGACUGGCUGGAGCGCAUCCAGCAGCUAGAAAGCUACGGGGGUGAGUUGGACUCGUUCUGCGCCUUGCUGCGCUUGGCCUUUAUCUUGCUCAAGGCCUUCGAACGCCGCGAGGCCAUUAAGCGCAUGGACGCGCUACUGCAUCGGCUGGAGCCGGACUAUGCCUUCCACGAAACGCGGCAGUACGUGGCGUUGCAGCUGGCGCAUUUGGCUCUGGCGCAGGUGCCAGCGCUGAAAGAGGCGCCGUUUCAGCAGCUGGAGCAGCGGUGCCCUGAGCUGUGCCAGGAGGAUUGCAUCUACAAGUACUACUCACGGAGCGUGUUGGCCGCGGGCAGUGCUAGCUUCGUUGUGCCGGACGUGGCGCCUUUGCCCUCGGUGAUUUCGGUGCCGGAGGCGACUUGGCAUGAGCAGCUGGAUGACGACGGCUUUCUGGAGGCGGUGCAGCGAAAAGCGCUGAGCAGCUGGGGCCUGCCCAGUCUGGCACGACUCUCUUACCUGCUGCUGCGUCAAGGCCUGCGAUGGACGGGACGAGAAGACCAUGGGGGCUCUGGGGGAGGGGGGAUUUGGUAA